UGAUGUCCAAGUCUCGAGUUUUCUCAUAACGUCUCGAACCCAUCGCAACAACAUGUCGGACACAGAAAUGUGCGAGGCGGAUACAAUGCAAACAGAAGAGGAAGAAGGUGUCUAUUUGACAGAAGAAGAAAUAGUGGCAGAAGCAGAAAAGAAGAAAGCCGAGGGUAAUACCUUCUACAAACAGCAGAAAUAUACAGAAGCUCUGUCCCACUACACAGAAGCAAUCAAUCUUUGUCCCUCAUGUUCAGCCUACUAUGGGAACCGCGCUGCUACGUACAUCAUGCUGAACAAGUACAAGGAGGCGCUGGAAGACUCACGGAAGGCUAUACAAAUUGAACCGAAUUUUGUCAAGGCACAUCUCCGUGAGGCCAAGUGCCACCUGGCCAUGGGAGAGGCUGCUGCCGCUGUACGCAGCUAUCAGGAGGUGCUGCAGAGAGAGGAAGGAAACACGGUCGCUAAAAAUGAGUUGCAGUCAGCACAGGGAGUGCAGGAGUAUGAGGAUAGAGCAGAUAAAAGCUUUGAGAAAGGAGAUUUUAGGACGGCUGUGUUCUGUAUGGACAGAUGUAUAGAUACAUGUCCUGCAUGCUGCAAGUUUAAGAUCAGGAAGGCUGAAGCCCUGGCAUUGUUAGGACGUUACCAGGAGUCACAAGAACUAGCCAAUGACAUCCUACAGCGAGGGGGUAUGAACGCUGACGCCCUGUAUGUGAGGGGGAUGUGUCUCUACUACCAGGACAACAUAGAGAAGGCCUUCCAGCACUUCCAACAUGUACUUAGACUAGCGCCCGAUCACCAGAAGGCCAAAGAUAUUUAUAAGAAAGCCAAGUCCCUGAUGGCCAAGAAGGAGGAGGGGAACACAGCGUUCCGAUCCGGGAAGUAUGAUGAAGCAUAUAACCUGUACUCGGAGGCCCUAGCUAUAGACAGCAAUAACAAGUUUACCAACUCCAAGCUGUACUUCAACAGAGCUACUGUGUGCUCCAAGCUGCAUAAACUUGACCAGUCUAUAGAAAACUGUUCCAAGGCAGUAGAGUUAGAUGACACAUAUUUAAAGGCAUAUCUUCGCCGAGCCAAAUGCUAUAUGGAGACGGAGCAGUACCAGGAAGCUGUGUGUGAUUAUGAGAAGAUUUUCAAAAUGGACAAGACAAAAGAAAACAAACGACUGCUUCAGGAAGCCAAACUAGAACUGAAGAAAAGCAAAAGAAAGGAUUACUACAAGAUCCUUGGUAUCAGUAAGAAUGCUACUGAAGAUGAAAUCAAAAAGGCCUAUCGCAAGAGAGCACUUAUACACCAUCCAGACCGACACUCCCAUGACACUACUGAGAAGCAAAAGGAAGAAGAGAAGAAGUUCAAGGAGUUGGGCGAAGCAUAUGGUGUCCUUUCAGACCCCAAGAAGAAGAUGCGCUAUGACAGUGGACAGGACUUGGAGGAGAUGGAUGGCGGAGGGUUUGGUGAUAUUGAUCCCAAUCAAAUCUUCCAGACAUUUUUUGGUGGAGGUGCUGGCCCUGGUUUCCAACAGUUCCACUUCGGCAGUGGAGGUCACCCUGGAUACACUUUCCAGUUUGGUUGACCUUCACCUCAUUUUAGUCCUCUUUUUAAAAAAAAAACAACAACACUGUGACAUGAAUGUUCUGCUGAUGGCAACUGGUGCAUAACAGACAUUGCCAUUUGUUGCUGCAGCCUGACGGAACCUUGUCUUCAACAUCUUUUUUAAUAAUACUACGAGUCCCUCUUCACUUCCUAGGAUCCUUGUUGGGCUGUAGCCAUUGAGCAGUAGGAUGCAUGUGGAAGUGCGGCAACAAUGCAUUGUACAAAAGAAUGAAAGGUUAUUAACAGGGAAUCUAAUUUGAGGUUUUAGAAACAGAAUUAAUUAUGUCUUUGAAAAGAAAGGGACAGCAAUGAAGAUAUGACCAUCAGAUGUGCACUGUGAAUCCUGACUCUUGUUCCUUCGGUGUUCAUUACUUGUGAGUGUGUGCCAAGGGAACCUCAUCAUCAGCUGGGAAGAUACUUAGUUCAGCGAGUUGUAUUGUGCAGCUGCUGUUGGUGUGGACGAUGUAUGUCAAUUGGAAUGGCCUCACUGUCCCAUCCUGGUGUGGGCUGAAAGCAGAUGGACCUUCAGCAGGCAAUAGAUACCCACAACAAGAAAGCAGUACAUCUUCAGCAAACUGCGGACUACUUUUGUACCAGACUCUAUGUUUAGAUGUAGGAAUCCAUCGCUGUGCCCAUAGGUACUGGUAAUGGACUUGAACUGUGACAGCUAAGGAUUCAGCCCAGUCACAUGCAUAUAACUUCAAGGUAGUUACUCAUUAGGUCCUUCAGGCACAUUGUUAGUUGAAAGUUACUUAGUCUACUCACAACUUUAAUGUUUGUUGCAAAUUGAACACAGUGUGUAUUUUAAUUUAGAUAUUAAAUCAUCAAUUCAUUCUUACUUCAGCUGGGAAAACAAAUCAAGGUGCCAUUGUUCUAUCUAUGUGACUGGACAUUUGCAAAAUAUAUUUUCCUGAAGGUAGUAGGGUAACUGGCAAUGUACAAGACCAUCGUUCUUUUCCUGGAGGUUAAACUAAAGAAUGUGAUAGAUAUUAGUAUGAUUGCAAGCUUCAGAAACAGACACUGUAGAAACUUACACAAACAUAUGUUGAUUUAGGAAGCAAAACUUAACUUGGCAACAUCAUUUCAUUGUUUCAGCAUUUUAUGUAUAUCAUUGGUGUUGUACUAUUUUGUAUAUACCUGUAGAGAGAAACUACGUCAUCUGAAUCAUGCAACAGCUUCAAAGAGGUUUGAACUUCCAUCAUAUUGAGUUCAGUACAAAAAAGCUGUAUUGAGUUAUGUACAUGGUUUUAGACACUAUUUUUACACGUGUGUAAGUUACAUAAACGAUUUUUCUGUUGUAGACAUAUUCAGUUGGUUGUAUACUUUUGUGCAAAUUGUCCUCUGUAAUGAUAGAUAAUGUAAUGUUAUUUGCAUAAAAGAAUAUAAAAAUUAUUUACACUUUUUCUGUAACUGCAUGAAAUACACUGGCAAUCACUGAAUAGUUGGUGCCGACAUGAUCACCCUUUUCCUUUCGUUGCCAUGUCCUGGUGGAACAUGAUUCACUGGGGCUAACAUGGUAAAGUCACUGUAUGUCCUCUGGUGAGCUUGGGUUAGCUUUCACUUCACACAGGAACAAAACACAACUGCCCAGUAAGCUCUGACAGAGUAGGUCAAACUUAAACAGAUAAGAUGUAUGAUGCUGAGGAUGUAAGAUAUGAUGACUCUUUUCUUCAUUGGAUUAUGAUUACACUAGGGAAGUCAUGAAUUAGUCUGUAUUUGCCUAUGGAAAUAUACAUGGAGAAAUCCAUUGUACCUUACCCUUACCUAUUGUAGUGCCAAACAAAAGCAGUAAUUUUGCACAACUGGUGAGAGACCAGUCAUGCUUUUCAAAUGUAAUUUGGUUCAAACUUCAAUCUCUUUGUGGUCAUUUGAGAUUUUGGUCAAAUUAAGUUUAUAUGUAAACACUGGUUUCGAUGGCCAAACACAUCUAUUCAGUUGGAAGUGGUGAAAGGUUCCUAGACCGGCCUCCGCAUGGCCCCCACCAGGCCUCAGACCAGUCAACAGGAAACCGUAAGGAGACAAUGACCAAGAAAUUCCUGAGUUGAAAUUCAUUGAAGUUCUGUUAAAAAAAAUACAUACAUGAAAACUCGACUUUCUUCAAGUUUCACAAUAAGUCAGUUUUUAUCACCCAGUACACAAAUAUACUAAGAUCAGCUUUAUGAAUGCAAAACCAGCUGAUCUCCUCCGCUUCAAAAGGAUUUCUUGUUCAGUGUAUGUCUAAACAUUGAUCGACUUUUAAUUCAACAUGUCUGUUUGAGUCAGAAAUGGUGUUUAAGGGUGUAUUGUGUCAUGGUUAGGAUGUGUUUGAUGUGUUCAAUUACAGACAAAGAGAUGUCAAUAGAUUUCUCACCUGGACAUUUGUGUUACACUAAGCAAGCUAGGCAUGCCAUAUCGAAGAUGGUUGUAUGUUCAGUAAUUCCUGCUGACAGAAAGGAAUAUUACAUUUAAACAGCUUAAUGAAUAAUUAGGGAGGGUGUAUAUUUUUAAUAUUUAUUGAAGUAAAUAAAAGGUCAUCUGUCAAA